AUGAAAGACACAACUCCUCGUGGUAAUAUUCGAAAUGAUACUCACAGCAAUACAGUCUCAAACGUUUUUCGAAUACUAGAUACAGAAUAUCCCCAAAACGCUGGAAGAAAAACCUUGUCUGUCUUCCUAUUGCAACCUCUGCGCGAGCUCGGCGAAACUCUCGCCUCUGUUUUUCCCUCAUAUUGCAACGGCCUCCGAGUACGGAUGCGUCUUGCAUUCUGGCGGGAGCGCACCUUCCGAAUCCUUGAGCCUCAUGAAAACCUGCCUACUAUGCAGGUAAUUGGGUCCUUUGCAGUCAUGGGAAGGAGCUACAUCGGCGUAGGUUCGUUGCCUACCCCGACUUAUCCAUCUCUUCAAAACAUGCGGGAGAAGACCAUCGGGCUUCAGGACCACGAUGUCGGCCCCGAGACCUAA